GGGGUGGGGGGAGCUCGUUGAAGCGGCGGAGGUGGCGGCGACGGCCCAGUGCUUCCCGCAGCGCGUCCGCCCCCCCGGCCGGGACCAGCAUGGAUUUCCGGGACGUGCUGCUGGUGGCCUCGGAGCAGCAGGGGGGCAGCGCCCCGCCGAAAAGAUACAGUUUGGCAGUAGGCCCCCCUAAAAAGGUUCCAAAAGUCAGGGGUGUUGAGUCUGCAGCAGUACAAGCUUUUCUCAGACGGAAAGAAGAAGAAAAGAAGAAAAAAGAACGAGAGGAAAAAAAAAGGAAAGAAGAACUCUUAGCUAAACGGGUUGAAUUGAAACAUGACAGAAAAGCAAGAGCAAUGGCUUCACGAACAAAGGACAACUUUUAUGGUUAUAAUGGCAUCCCAAUUGAGGAGAAGCCUAGAAAGAGGCGGACUUCUGAAAACGUCAGCCGAGGGACGGAUGCAGAAUAUACCACAGGAGAUGAAACUGAGCAGUUUGAAUACAGUCAAACUGAAUCUGAGCAUGAACCUGAGGAAUAUGAAGAGAAACCAUCCAAAGCUACAGCGAAACCAAAGGCCCCUCCCAAAAGUGCAGUGGCCCCGAUGAACUUCACUGAUCUUCUCAGGCUGGCUGAGAAAAAACAGUACGAACCAGUGGAAAUAAAAGUAGUGAAAAAGAUUGAAGAACGGCCCAGGACAGCAGAGGAAUUGCGAGAAAGGGAAUUUUUGGAACGCAAAAACAAAAAAGGGGAAAUGCAGAAAGAAAAAAAGAAACCUGAAAAAGAGAUCAAGAAUAUAGCAGCUUCAGGUUCUUCAAAAAAAGUGUGCUCUCAGAAAGAGCUUGUGAAUGCAAAACUUAGCAAAGCUUCAGCAGAUAAACAUUCCUCUUCAAAAGGCAGUUUUUCUUCCAUAAGUUGUUCAGAUAAAAAAUCCAGAGCACCAGCAUUUACUGAAAAGCACUCCAGGCCGUCGUCAUCUUCUAAAUACAGUCAAGUGGAAAAAACAAAACCUGCACAAAACGGAUCUUUGAAAAGCUCAUCUAGUUUUAGCCAUAGUAAACCUCCAGUCAAUGGAAUAGGGAAAUCUGGGUCAAGCUCUCAUGCAUUCAUCUCAAAAGCAACUGCCAAUGGGACUCAGAAACUGCUGCCAGCUAAAGAGCCUAGUGUGAAAAAAUCUGCUUCUGCCCAUACAAAACAAGGAGUUGCAGCACCUUCUCAGCAUGAAGCCAGCUCUAGUGCAAAGCGGCCAGGCAGCAGUUCAGGAUCUGGAGGAACUGGGCGUCCGAGCAGUAGCUCAGGUAUGGGACCUGCACGAUCAGGUGGUAGUUCAGUCCCCAUCCAUCCAAGCAGCAGUUUGAGCAUGGGACUUGGGCGGUCUGGUGGCAGUGCUGGCAUGGGACCUGGAAGGCCAGGCAGCAGCUCAAGCACAGGACUUGGAAAGCCAGGUGUCAGUUCAAGCACAGGACCUGGGAGACCGGGCAGUGGCUCGGCUGUAGGACUUGGAAAACCAGGUGUCAGUUCAAGCACAGGACCUGGGCGACCAGGCAUUAGUUCAGGCGCAAUGUCUGGAAGGCCUAGUGGUUCAAGCAUGGGACAUGGGCGACCAGGCAGUGGCCUGGGCACCGGACCAGGAAGGCCAGGCAGUGGUUCAAGUGUGGGACCUGGGCGACCAGGCAGCAGCUCAGGCAUCACUUCGAAACUGAAGUGUACUGUUGUAUCAGAAACAAUUUCAUCUAAAAAUCUAAUCACAAGACCAAGCAACGGACAGCUGAAUGGAAUGAGACCUCCCCCAGGGCACAGACCACCAGGAUUUCCUCCACAAGGUCUUCCAAGGCCUUCUCUUCCACCAAUAAGUUAUAAAAGGCAAAUAUGUGAUGAAGAAGAUGACUCUGAUUCUGAAAUGGAUGAUUUCAUUGAAGAUGAAGGGGACUCCCAGGAAGAAAUUUCAAAACAUAUUCGUGAAAUAUUUGGAUAUGAUCGGAAAAGAUACAAGGAUGAAAGUGAUUAUGCUUUACGUUACAUGGAGAGCAGCUGGAAAGAGCAACAGAAAGAAGAAGCCAGGAGCUUGAGACUUGGGGUACAAGAGGACCUGGAAGAAAUGAAACGAGAAGAGGAGGAAUGGAAACGUAAGAAGCAGGCAAAGAAACUGAAGACAAACUGAGUGGCAGUAGUUUUGUCCUCUUUUCCUACUUCCUUUGCCACCACUUUGCCUCCAUCUUUCAGCUCCUCUUAUAAUUUUACUUCAGUUUUUCUUUGCUUACUAGAAGGUAUGAGAGUAUGUAAAGGGAAGAGAGAAUACUGAAAAGCAAGGCUUUAGUUUGACCUAAAAGAGAGAUUUAUUUUUAAUACUUGCCAGGGUUAAUUUUUUUACAAAGAAAGUAAUGCACUAGCACAGAUUAUUAGAUGGAAUAAAAAUUUAAUGAAUGUUUCCAUUGAUUAAACCAAUUUUCAAGAUGCCAGCAGAAAUAUUAACUAGCUAUGCACUGGCUUGCAAUCAUGUGGGCCCACAUACCCAUAAACCCGUCUUUCAUUUUAGUUAGAAAAAAAUGUGAAUGACAUUCAUGUUCCUUAGUUAUUUUGAGAGAGAAGAAUAUGGCUUUAUGUAUCUUGAGUCUCUUGAGUUAAGAUCCUUCAAAAUACAGAAACGUCAUCUUCUGUACAGGAAAAGCUUGGAUGUAAAUUUCAGCCAUUGCCACAGAUGCCUGUAGCAAUAAUACGAUCUGUACUAUAAAUUCUUCUGAUUUGAGAAUUUUAUCUCUUAAUAAAAAUAGUACUAAAAAAAAAAACCCCAGACCUAUCAGUUUCUAAAAAAAUGCGUUUCAUUCACAGUUCCUUGCAGUUAAAGUGUGAC